AUGACCUUCCAAAACAGGUAUCCAACAUCGAAAUUUCGCAUUUUCGGUUAUCCAUUUACGGAAUCUAAAUUAUGGUUUUUACUGGGCGAUGAUCCUUUCAGAGUCAAAUUUUUGCUUAUUUGGAGUUUACCAUGGCUGAAUAACAAAAAAGAUGAAUUUUUGGAUGCAAUCAAUCAAUUUACCAAAUUAGUCGAAUUACCUAAAGAAAUUCUUAUUAUCAAUCCAAAUUAUUUAUCUGAUAAGAUUUCAAUUUAUAUCAAAUCAAAAACUUCAUACACAGAAAAUAUGUAUCCAACGUAUAUGUAUUACAUGAAUGAAAAGCAGCAAGAAGUAGUAUUGAAGGAGAAACUGUCUUUACCAUCAUCUGAUUAUCACUAUAAUGUUGAUAAACCAGAGGAAGAUGCAUUGAUAAUCAAUGAUACAUGGCAAUAUGCUGAUAAAGGAGACUGUCGAUGUUUUGCAGAAAAAUUACGAAUGCUACCGAAUGUGAUUAUACGUCAUCAAGGAGAACCGGUAGCUUAUGAAAUAUUUAACAUAAACGGUAUCUUUCAUCAUCAUUUCGUUCAUGAAAAGCAUCGAAGACAAGGUCUUGGGAAGCAUAUUGAACUACGUCUUAGUCAAAAAAUCAUUCAGGAAGGAUUUUGGCCAUGUAAAACAGUAGAACCAAAAAAUGAAUUGGUUGUUGCAUGGUCGAAUCGAUCUUCAUAUUGGAAUCGUUACGAUGACGAAUAUGGCAAUCCUAUUAUCAUCAAUUUCAACCUGCUUCGUUGA